UCUCCGGUGUGCGAUGGCGGAAUGGACGACAAACGGGAAACGAGUACGGAAGGACAAAAGAACAACAGGAAUGGGACCCUCGUAGAGCAGAAGACGCUGUCACACGAGAAGAAGCGAUCAGGAGCGGAAGCACCGCCAGAAAAUGUUCCACUACCUCAACGUCCAUUUAAAGCGGCUCAUGAUUCUUUUCGUCUACGAAUGUUUCAGGAACAACAUGGAUUUGAACCGGUAGUUUUCAUGACAAAGAAACGGACGAGGGACAACAAGUCAGUGAUGAGUGAAUUCAAAGGUGGCGAUCUGAACAAGUACACAGCGAAAACCUAUGCUAUCCAAAAUGGGAACGAGGUUUUCGGUGGUAAGUUCAACUUGUUCUCCUUGUUUUCUUCUUGA